CGGUUGCUCUUCGGCCGGUCUAAUGCUAGUAUAAUUAUAUGAGAAGGAUUAGUAAUGUUUGCGCCAAUGUAAUCAACAAAAAACGGAAGAUAUAUGUAAUUAAUAUGUACAUACUUACUUUUCAAAGAGGUGUCCAAAUUCCUCUUCAAUAUCGCUAUCGGCAAGCGAUAUUACAGUGUCUGGUGUAGGAGGUCUGUUUUGAGGUGUCGGCUGUUGGCUACUCGCACCAAUCUUCGUUGGAGCACUGGAUCGUAUUAGAAUAUUUUCCAAAAUGGCCACUUUCGUUCUCGGCGUUCUUUUUAAAUUCAACUUGAUUUUUUUGUUCGGCGAUGGCAUUUUGUAUGAGCGUAAGAAUUGUAUAGUAAAACGCAAUGUUACUUGUAUUAAUAUUUAUAUGUAAAGAAGUUUGCUAACGUUAGGAGCUCUGGAGGAAAUGAUAAGGUCAAUGAACCAACACAAGCGGACGAGGCCAGAUUUUUCAAGGCAAAGUGUCAUAUUUCAUUUUAUUUCAAGGUCGACUGUUGUGGUAUCUGAUAUUAUUUUCAAGGUCAACUUCCUUGCCUUCAUAUUUCGAUUCCAAUGACAUGAAGUGAUUUCGGAAUAAGUUAUUUCCACUUUUAAACAAAGCGCCAGCAUCAGUUUAAGCAGGUACCUACCUAACUACGCACUUCGAACUGUAAGAUUAUUUAUUUUUUUAAAUUUCAUAUGCUACUUACGCGCUGAUUGCGAGCGCCAAUCCUUAUGGAAACACCUCCUAACUUAAAAAAAGAUGAUGUCUCUGAAAAAUAUUGGGAAAAAUAUCAAUAAAUGAUUUCCACAGAAUCCCCUUUCUCAGCUGGGAACUGCGUUAUUUUACUCACAAUAAAGCAGACAGGUAAGGUACUAGUACACCUAGCUACAUUUCGCACGUUACACAAUUCACGUAUUCGCAAAUAAGUUUCUGUGCAUUAGAACGUGUGUGAAAAUUAGUUGAUGUCAUAAACUUAAUAAGUACCACCCCAUUUCUUUUUGUAUACAUCUACACAUUGACUGAAACGUCUGCUUCUUUUUAAUUUACCUACGUCUAAUGUUACAUUCCCCAUCCCUGAUUGUAUGAAAUGUAGAUAAUUAGAUUUUGUUUUCUAAAGCACCGCUUUUGGAACCGGGUCCACGCCGACAUAUGGAGAAUUCUUAAAACAUUUUGGUGAAUAUAGAUGGUUGCUGAAACUAAAAACUCGGAUGGUAAUAGAUGAAUACCUAUAUAGUUACUAACCUAAUUGGGACAACGAGAUUGUUAAAAUGCUUAUAAGUAAGGGUUGCUGCGAUAAAUAGACCAAAUUGUGCACUUGUGGAUCGACGAAGAAAAGAAAAUCAUGGGCGAAGAAGAUAUUUUCUUACAAAAAUCAUUUGCAUAUAUUUGUUACAAAUAAACAAGGUUUUCAGCCUUUUCAUUACCUACCUCCCUACAUGUUGCAAUAAUGAUCAAACCAGAAAAAUUUAAACUAUUUGUCAUCAUAAAAAUUGUGUGAUAAUAACAUUCAUUGCGGUUGUAUUGUAAAAGCACGAGUAAGAUGCCAUACUUUCGAUUGCCACUAUGCUAGUUUGAUUAUGAUUGCAAUUCAAAAAUGAUGAAUUAAGAUAAUUUCAUGCGAUAAAUUAUUUAUUUACCUUCGGAUUACCAGUUAAAUUUAUGAUUUUGUAUUAUAUGAUCCUGUUAAUUGCUCACCUUUGCAACUAAUCCAACGUCAAGUAAUCUCAUUGAAAGUAAAAUGAACUUUUUGGGUGGAAGUAAUUUUUUCGCAUGUGAUACCUACAUAUAAGCUCAGUGAAGGUAAUUAAUUUUCACCAUGAUCGUUCACUAUGCUAUCACAUCUGUCUUAUUAUAGACACCCAAAGAAGAUCAGAUUGAUAAAAAAUUGACCUUGGAAGUGAAAUAUGAUACAUGGGUAAUGAAAUAUUACACCUUUCAAUGAAACAUGACACCUAGGAAUGAAAUAUGAUACAAAAAAGAGUUGGCCUUGAAAGUGUAACAUGACACCCCAAAAAAUGUGACCUUGAAAAUGAAAUAUGACACCACAAAAAAGUUGCCAUUGAAAAUGUAAUAUGACACCUCAAAAGACCUUAAGAAUGAAAUUUGUCACCCAAACACAAAUUUAAUGAAAACAGCCUAUUAUUUCGAAUGUCCCAGACAUUGAUCAGUGUCAUUAGCAGAUCUAUUUAGCACAAAUGAGAAACCGUUGUCUUCAUAAGUUGGUUUUCCAAGCUGGUUUUCCUUUCCUAAUGUGGCAGUACAUCAGCUCCUUUGGUGAUUCAGUAACUUUGCUUAUGUAAGCUGGACACAUCCGCUUGUACUAUAGUUCAUUCGCUUUGUCAUUUCCUUCCGCGUUGCUAACGCAAGCAAACUUCUUCACAUAUAUACAAGCAACAUUGCGUUUUAAUAUUCAGUUCAUACGCGAGUACAAAAUGUCAGCACCGAACAAAAAAGUCAGAUUCAAUUCCGAAAAAGCGCCAUCAAAGCAAAUAACGAUUUUGGAAGGCAUUCUGACGCGACCCAGUGCUCCAUCGGGAAUGGGUGGGUCUAAUCAACAUCAUAGGCAGCAGGGUGUGGUAGCUCAAAACAGGCCUCCCACACCUGCAGUAAUAUCGCUUGCGGACAGCGAUGUUGAAGAGGAACUUGGACGCCUCUUUGAAAACAUCACGCCGGUCGACAUGCGACAGCAGCCGCCUCUGGUUCCACCGCCGCUGCUUCCACCUCCGCAGCAAUUUGGUGGUGGUGGUAGUGCUGGAAAAAACCUGGCACUAAUUGAACAGCAAGAACCUUCACUGGUGCAGGAGGUACGACCUCAACAAAUUCCAAAUCCAGCACCUAUGCAGCAGCAUCCGACGCUACCACCGCAGCAGCCGCAGCAGUCAGCAGUCAAUCGUGCACCUCCUCGGGCGCACCCUCCCAUGGUACAACAUCUACCGCCUCCGCAGCAGCAGCAGCUCUCUACACGCAAUCCGCAGCAAACUAUGGCGCUCCCACCGAGCAACUUACGGGAGUUUAAGGAGUACAGUUUGCAGUGGAUUCAGGAGCUGCAUGCUUGCUACAAAAAUUCGGAGGUCAUGUUGACGAAUCGAGUAGCUCAACUGAAUAAUGAGCUAUUCGAGGCCAACCAAAACUUGGAGGGGGUGCGGGAGAAUAUUAGAAUCGCCCAGGAAUAUAUUCGCAGGAUUGAGGAGUUUCCUUAGAAAAACUGUGAAAAUUAUUGUAUAUAUGUAUAUUAACUUGUAGUUGUAGUUUAUAGGUUAAGUAGU